AUGGCGGACGAAGAAGGUGCUUCUCCUCGCGAGGUGGUCGUUGAGGCCUGUCGGCGUGACCAGCCCCAUCUUCUGGACGAAGUGACUGAGAAGAAUCUCGCCGAGAAAUCCAAGGAAGAGAUUGCAGAGUUUUUCAACGAAGUCACCGACUCCAUGGGCAAUCACGCUCUUCAUAUUUGUGCAAUGUAUGGCAGCUACGAUGCAAUGGACUGGCUCUUUGAUAUCGAAUUCUUUGAAUGUGACCCGCAGAAUCGAAUUGAGAAAGAUACCCCACUGCAUCUGGCCGUCCGUUAUGCCAAUGAGAAAGAUAUCAAGCUUGGGUUGGCUAUGGUCAAAAUGAUGCUCGAAGCCGGCUGUGACCCUAGAGUCAAAAAUAAAAGUGGUAAAAAGCCCGUUGACUUCACAAUUCCUCAAUACAAAGAGGUCAAGCUUGCUCUGCAAAAGGCGGAGUAUGCUCUUCAGGAAGGAAUCGAGCACAUGCCCGAAGAUGAAGAUUCGGAUGAGGGGACGAGCGGUAGUGACGGUGGGUGA